AGUAUGCCCCGCCCCCUCCCGUAUGCGCGGUGACGUAGUGCGCGCCAGUAGAAGGCGAUUGUCGGUGAGAACUGACGGAGCAGCAGCACCGGACACAGAGGCAGGACCAGGUGACCAGAUAAUAGGUAUUAGAUGCAGGCCAGUCUGGAGACGCAGAAAAUGGGGAAGAAGCAGAAUGGAAAGGGCAAGAAAGUUGAAGAGGCAGAACCUGAAGAGUUUGUUGUAGAAAAGGUUCUGGACAGACGUGUUGUAAAUGGAAAGGUUGAAUAUUAUCUAAAGUGGAAAGGGUUUACAGACGCAGACAACACUUGGGAACCAGAAGAGAACUUGGAUUGUCCAGAGUUAAUUGAAGCUUUCCUGAAUUCUCAAAAGGCUGGCAAAGAAAAAGGUCCAAUAGAAAACAAGCGUAAAUCAGUGUCAGACAGUGAAUCUGAAGAGAGCAAAGCAAAGAAGAAACGAGAAUCGGUUGACAAACCAAGAGGUUUUACUAGAGGUUUAGAGCCAGAAAGGAUAAUUGGAGCUACAGACAGCAGUGGGGAGCUGAUGUUCCUUAUGAAAUGGAAAGACUCUGAUGAAGCAGAUUUGGUCCCGGCAAAAGAAGCGAAUAUGAAAUGUCCUCAAGUUGUUAUUGCAUUUUAUGAAGAGAGACUAACAUGGCAUUCUUGUCCAGAAGAUGAAGCGCAGUAAAGUCCUUGCUAUUUACGGGUAGACUUUAUUUCUUUCUUUUGGCCACCUGAAUCAUAAGGUUAUCUAUUUAGGUCUUUUCUGAAUAAACCACACCAGUGAUUUGGCAGAAAGUGGCCCCACCAAACAUUCUUGGCCUGCAGAGCUUUUGAUACAUACAUGUAUUUGCCCUGUCCAGGCUUUUUUAUUGUUUUCAAUCUACUGAAGUCCAAGCAUCUAUAAUACAGACUUGCAAGUGUUUUGUAGCCUUCAGUUGAUGUGCAUGUUAAUGCUUUAGCCCAAUCUUUAUCAUAGUUUCUUAGCUCCAGGACUUCAGUGGAAGUGCUCUGGAGAACUUUGUAGUAAGUGAAUGUUACCUGACUGUAUAUUGUUUACUUCAAUGUAAAUACUGGUGAGCAGUGUUCAAUAAAUAGUUUUAUAUUCUCAAA